AUGUUUGUCAAUAAAGUCAGAUUCAGAUACCCUUUAAAAAUCCCAUUUUUAAGUGUCCUUUGUUGUUUACAUGCUCGUUCCUUGCCUCCUUAUGUGAAAGCCAUCAAUUGGAACACCUCCCACAACUUUGUUCAAAACAACCCCCUCCUUUCUCUCUUGGAAAGGUGCAAGUCAUUGGACCAGUUAAAGCAAAUCCAGGCUCAGACGGUCUUGACUGGCUUGGUUAACGAUGGCUUUGCCAUGAGUUGUCUUGUUGCAUUCUGUGCUUUAUUGGAGUCGGGAUACGUGGAAAGCGAGGACUUGGAAGGAGCUGGUCUGUUGUACAAGAGGAUGUUGCGAUGUGGUGUUUUGAAGCCGGAUAAUCUCACUUACCCUUUGUUGAUCAAGGAUUGUUCUUGUCCAUCUAUGAAUUGUGUUGGUUUUACAGUACUUGGGCAUGUGUUGAGGUUGGGUUUUGAAUUUGAUAUAUUUGUGCACAAUGCGUCAAUCACUAUGCUACUUUUGUAUGUAGAAUUGGAGGCAGCAUACGAUGUGUUCAAUAAAGGUUGUGUGAGAGACUUGGUAACAUGGAAUGCGAUGAUUACUGGGUGUGUUAGAAGAGGACUAGCUAAUGAGGCUAAAAAACUCUACCGGGAAAUGGAGGCAGAGAAAGUGAAACCAAAUGAGAUUACAAUGAUUGGGAUUGUCUCUGCUUGUUCUCAAUUGCAGGAUUUGAAUCUUGGCAGGGAGUUUCAUGAUUAUCUCAAAGAACAUGGCCUUGAGUUGACAAUCCCACUCAAUAAUUCACUUAUAGACAUGCAUUUGAAGUGUGGAGACCUGUUGGCUGCAUGGAUUCUGUUUCUGGGUGUUGCUCCCGAGCUUUUGCAUACUAUUCCAGAGAAGAGUGUUGUGCCUUGGAAUGCAAUCAUUAGUGGCUGUGUCCAAGCUAAGAAUGGUAAAGACACAUUCGAUCUAUUCAAUGAAAUGCAGAUUAGGAAAAUAGACCCUGAUAACGUGACAUCCACAGUCUGA